CCAUAUUCUCCACCAUUCUCGCCCAUUGGAGCUCCGCCAUUUUACCUCCCGCAGGGAACCGAUGAUCUCGUUGGGAAGUCGCGCUCCUGCUGCGAACUUGGCUUUCCCCUGUGCUGCAUCCUCCAAGUACUUGCCGAAUCGCUACCCGUCGUUUUGAGGUAACAGAGAAUAGUGUCGCCUCAUCUGCCAUUUGCUUCUUCCUCAUCGGCCACUUGCUUCUUCGCCUCCGGUGAGCCGAGGAGUGUGACACUUGAAACUUUAGCGCCAAGCCGACGGUCACCGCCGGUUGAAAGUCGGUUAAGCUUGGCAGACCGGUAUGUCAUUUUUAGUCGGAAAAGGAAAGAGUUCUGAUUUCUUCCUGAUUCUAGUGUAUACAAAUCACGUCGUUCUAGGCUUCACAGUUAACUUAACCCCGCAGUUAGGGUUUGCCAGAGUGUACAAUCAAUCCCCUGGCUCUGGGAACUCAAAGGUUUCCGCUCCCAUGAUAUCUUUGAAUCGACCCACUGCCGCUCCAAACAAGUAAUGCAGGAUUGGAUUCUUGUUAGGGUUUUCUUUUUCUCGUCUGCAUCCUUUCUCCAUAUCUAGUACUGUAUUAGAUCCAUUCAUGGAUUAUUGGUGAAGAAAAGUCUCCACCUUUGUUGUUCUUGUGGGCGAUCGCUGAGGUAGAUUGGGAGAUGUCAAUUAGUGUUCAAGUUGGUUCGAUGAACUGAAAUGACCCCUUAUACCUUAUGAUGUGUGUUCUUGCUCUCUCUGUUUCCCAUCUUGGGUUUUCCAUUAGUGUUCUAACUAGUGUGAUGGAAUUGCAGCAACUGUUUUUGCUCUCUCAUUUUCUGGUUUGGUGGUGCCAUUAAGCCUUCCUCCUUUUCCCAUGGUGGUCACUUUGAGAAAACAGAGUGUAGCUCUCAGGGAUGACUGAUGAGGAUUUUCUAUAUGCAUUCACUUCGCUUGAUUGUUUUUUUUUUUUUUCUGCAGCAACAACAGCUAUAUAUGAAUGAUAAUAAUAGAUUGCAUUGGCAUUUUUCAGUUUCUCAUAGACUACUUGAUUGUUAUCAUUCCUUUUUGCACAAGAUAGCGUAAGAGAGGAUAUGGCAGCUGGGAACUCAAAGGGCUCCAAGAAAAAACCCAAAAGAAGCCAUGGCAUCCGAGAAGAAAUCGACAGAUUCCGUGAUGUUCCUGACCACAUUGUGCACCACAUCCUCUCGUUCGUCGCCGACACCAGAUCGUUAAUUCGAACCAGCCUCCUGUCCAAGAGGUGGAGGUCCUUGUGGAAAGAUGUUCCCGUUCUCAGUUUCAGAAAAUCCUCCUCCUGCAACAUGUCCUCUUUCUCUGAACAAGUCAACAAGUUUUUGACUCUCCGCUCCAACUCUGCAGCUAUUACAGACAUUUCCAUUAACUUUUGGGGGUGUUCAGCUGGAGGACAACCUCAAACGGGAUUGCAGGUUUUUGACAGCAUCAUGAGUUCUGCUGCCUCUCAUGGUUCUACUACUACAGGCCACAAUCUUCGCCGUUUGUCCAUUGCCCAUGCGUACCACGACAUCAAAUUCAGCAAACUGGCACCAUGCAUCACGGCUCACCAUCACAAGUCUCUCAAAACUAUUGAGCUGAAAUCAACAGUACUCCGGAGAGAAGCACUUGCUUUGGGAUUCAACUCACUGACGACUCUUGAACUGCGUGUCUGUUGGUUUUCUCGUUCUUGGGGGGAAACAGUUGACCCUUUCAGAGAUAUCCCUUGUUUGAACAACCUCAAACUCAUUGAAUGCAAAUCGUCGAGACGACACUUGUUGAAACUCGUCAAGCUGAGCCUUCCUACUUUGGAUUGCGCGAAUAUCCGCAUGGGGUGGUGUGGAAUCCAGCGUUGGAGGGAGCAAUCCAUUGCAAAACAGGAGGAGCAGAGAUAUAUGAAGUUGUUGCGUGAGCUGCAUAAUGCAACAUCUCUCAACCUACGUUUUGACAAGCUGGGCGGCCGGUAUUCUUGGGACAAAAACCUAUUUCCUUUUACUCGCAUGAAGCCGUUAAUGGAGCGUGAAGCCUCUCCUUUUUCCAGAUUGAGAACUCUGAGGGUGCAGUAUCCACAAGAGCCUCCUGACACACCUUAUCAAGUGAUUCGUUACUUUAUGGAAGGCUCUCCUAAUACGGAAGACAAGUUUGUUAAGUUCGAGAGGAAGGUAAAAUAAUGACAUGCUGGUAUGUAUCGAUUUCUCGUGAAAUUUUGUCUAAAAUUAGUGUAGGGGUAAGAUGUUUGUUAUCACGUUGCAAUCAAUCCAUUAUUGUUGUUCUUUCUUUUCCCCGUUGUUUGUAAAGUGGAAUUAAUGGUUUUUGUUCAGGUCUUAAUCUCUCCUGAAUCGCAAACUGGUCCUGAAUUUUAUCAGAAGAUUAGAAGGGUUGUCUUAGAGUCUCGAGUUUUUGCACAGCUCAUCCAUCUUGGUUUGCAUAUUUGUCAUGCUUGCUAUGCGUCGCUUUGACGAUAUAUUGCAGGUUAUGGCUUCGUUGUUUUUGCCUACUGCGAAUGUAAGAUGGUCGCUAAAAGCGGAGUGCUGGUCAAUAAUUACCAUUUGAGAACCAGAUUAGCAAUCUUGGUCACCAUAUCUUGGCCACGAAUUUCUACAAUAGGAGAAUUCUUUUAUAAAUACGGAUAUUGGCA